UGAUCCCGAGCCAUCCUCCACUUUCAUCUCGUCUCUCUCACACUCCUGCAUCAAAACCAAGGGUCCUGGAGCUUCGUCAGUUCCACUGUCACUGGUCGUCUGCCUUGUACCUUCAGGCGUUUGAAGUUAACUUCUUUAAGUGUGUGUAGGUCAGUAUGUGCUGAGCAACAGAUGGAGACAAAAGUGGAUGAAGUUGAAGGAAAGGCCACUGUGUUCAGUCAGGAAAACCCAGUGUAUGAUAGCAACAUGAAGCUUUAUCAGGCUGACCGUUACGACUUCCAGCACAGCGAGGUGAGGUGUGAUAAAUCAGCAGGCCGACGGCGAUGUGUUCCUGUGGUCAUACUCGUCUUACUGCUCCUCACAGCGUUCAGCUGUGUGCUGGCUUAUAAAGUUUUCACUCUGGAGUCUUGGGUUCACACUCACUGUACAUCAGCUGAUCACAUCAACACUGAGAAAAGAAUCUCUGCUGAAGGACUGAGCACCUCCAAGCAGUGUCUGUCUGAUCUGUGUGGAGAGGACGGGACUCUAAACAAAUUACAGAAUCAACUCGACCACUUCAAUCUCACUGCACAAAGACCCAUGAUUUGUCCUCCUGGUGUACGUGGAAUACCUGGACCACCGGGACGUCCCGGUUUGCCAGGGAUGCCAGGACAAAAGGGAGACGUUGGCUUUCCAGGUGAGCCUGGACCUCUAGGUAAAGAAGGAGAGCGAGGCGAGGCGGGUGUGGCGGGGCAAACGGGGGCAGUUGGCAUCCCGGGUAUUCCUGGUCCUCCAGGUUCCAAAGGAAGCCGAGGAGAACCAGGAGCACCAGGUCCUGAUGGUCGUCCGGGUUCUGAUGGAAAGAACGGGUUCCCGGGACUUCAAGGGACUCCUGGAAACCCCGGGCCUAAAGGAGACGUCGGGUCUCGGGGUGAGCAUGGAGAAACGGGACCUCCUGGACUUACAGGGCCUCCGGGACAAAUGGGAGCAACAGGAUUGCAAGGACCACCUGGAGAAAAAGGUUCUCCUGGACCAAAGGGAGACACCGGCACUGCCCGACCGGGUAUUCCAGGACUUCCGGGCCAGAAGGGAGAUGCAGGCUUUCCAGGUGUUCCUGGACUCAGUGGCAGCAAAGGAGAUUCGGGUGUGCCGGGACAAAAGGGAGAGCCAGGUCCAAAGGGUCAGAAGGAUGAUGCAGUUGCUGACAACAGACCAGCUGUGGUGCGUUUAAUUGGAUCAUCCACUCGUGGAAGACUGGAGGUGGUGUACCAGAAUGUCUGGGGAACGGUGUGUGAUGAUAACUUUGACAGCGUGGACGCGACGGUGGUGUGUAAGAUGCUGGGCUUCCAGAGGUCAAUUCAGGUGUUCACAGCCAGCGGAGGAGCUGGAAAAAUCUGGCUGGAUGAGGUGCGAUGUAGAGGUCAGGAGCAGAGCAUCUUUGACUGUCCACACGGCGGAAUGGGAACCCAUAACUGUAAUCACAACGAGGAUGUGGGAAUAAGUUGUGCUUGAGUCAAGAAAAUAACACUUCUGGGACUGAAGACAAGACAUUGGGUCUUAGACAUCUGACAACCAAUAAGUGUUCUGAUUUGAACAGAGCUAUAUCUUUUGCAUUCUUUUAAAGAAGUAUCAUUCAUCUGAUGGCAUUCCUGUGGUUAAGUAAAUGUUCACUGUAGAUCCAACUUUGCAUUCUGUACUGCUCACAUACACAAUAGAGUUAUAAUAAAGGCUUUUCGAUCUGAUUGUAAAUGUCUCCUCCACAUAUGUCUGUGUCGCUCGUGAUUCUUCUUUCUUCAGAAUGUAACGGAUAAUUGUCAUUCAGAGGGCUAUCCUCUCCAGGGACCCCGUCUCUCUGUCUAUCUGUCUGUCUGGCCCCUCAUUAGCUGGAGACCCUAUAAGUAAAGGAAAGGUGGAUCAGGCGGUAGGUCACAUUAAUAAAUAAAUGAUGCAGUUGGUGACAGACAUAAUAAUGAGAGAGAGAGAGAGAGAGAGAGAGAGAAAGCAGCGUUCCUAAAGAUUCUCUUAUUAUUACUUUCCUCAACAUUCACUUCUGAUGAACCUCUGAGAUCCACACUGGCGUGCUCUGUUCAUUGCACACAACAACAAAACCAUUCAAACCGUUUAAAUGUCCUCCUGGAUUAAAUGGGAUUGAAGCAUCAUUGGCGGCACAUGACAUGACACAUAAAAGAGACGCCAGUCAUCCAUCUGCAGAAAACAUCAUCAAUCUGUGGCCAACAGAGAAAGCUUUAAAACACAUAAUGUUGUUAUUAUUCAUCAAUGUAGUCAUUUGAUGCGAUGGUUCUUCCUGUUUUUUUAUUUUAUCGACUAUGAAACUGUGUUACUGGUGUGGUGAAAGACACAUUUCAAGCUGGGUUGAUAAUAAAGAUGUAUUGUAUUGUAUUGUAUUGUAUCCUACUCGCAUGACGAGCAGUUGUAUUCCACCACUG